GCGUUUUCCGUUUAUCAGUGUUGACUUCCGGGAACAUGGCGGACACCGGGGCGGCGGAUCGCUGUAGCCGAAGUGCAAGGAGAGUCUGUAUGUAAAGCGUGUGACAUUACAGGACACAUGUCAGCCUUGUCCCCAGCGGACACUGGACACUUCUGUAGUGCUGUUGGAGUCGGAGGUUUAGCGUUUGAACCACGGGGCGGAGCGCGCACGCGCACACACACAUCUACACAUACACAGCUCGAGCCCCGGUGUGUUAGCAACAGCAACGUUAGCAUUAGCAUUAGCAUUCUGACAGGCCGUGUUACAGUGUCAGUGUUUCGGUGUUAUAGUGUAACUCCACACAGGAAACCUUGUCAGUUCUCCUCCUUAACGUCUCCACAACCCGCUCGUCUUUCUCUAAUCACCACACAAACCGCUUUAUUAUGCGCUUUUUUUUAAUUAACCGGUUACUCUAAAUAUUUAGCUGCUCUACAGUUAGCCGACAGGUUGCUAACGUUCCCACUUUGCCCGUAGAAAUACUUGUAUGCGGUUUGGAAAUGACAUGAUAGUAAUUUUAGCGUCUUAAACACGCCUUUUACUUUCGGUGUUGUUGUUGAAUAUAAUCCUGUCCCCCAUGACUCCUGUUGUCCCGGAUGGCUUCAGGCUCCAUCUGCAGUCUUGCGCUCUGCUUUAAACUCAACAUGUAUACAGCGUUGAAAUUUAGUGUUGAAUCACCCCAUGUACCAUGCUGGCACUGCUCUCUCGCCUUGGCCCCUUAAUCUGCAGGAGAUUUUCCUUGCCUGCACAGCCUUCCCGCCUUCUGGAUCCAGGUGCUCUAGCCAGUAUGUAUGCCACGCGCCUGUACAGUGGUGCAGGGGGUAAACCUGGUCGCCGCAUUGGCCUAAUAGGGGGAGGCCAAACCAUGCUGGAGAAUCAUCACCACCCCCUUCCCCCUCAUCACCCCCAUAUCCCGCCUCCCCAGAGUUUCCCUCCUCCGCUCUAUCAGGGCCGCGUGGAUGCCCACAGAGCCUACUACCCGCCCCAUCAGCACUACCACACCCCGCCACAGAUCCCUCACCUCCCCCCUCCACACUAUCAGCCCCAUGCCCACAUGCACCACAGCAAAAAGAAGACCUGGAACUUCAUCCACGAGAAGAUGAGCUACGACACAUUCUUCACCAUGAAGCGUCUGAUCGACCGCUCCCGCAGCGUGGACGAGGUUCUCCGCUGGGUCACUCAGAACCCGGGAAAGAUCUCGCACAACCACUACCCCAUCGCCUUACAAAAAAUUGGCCAACUCCUGGCACUCCAGCAGGCUGGACCGAUUGGAAGUGGAGGAGUUAGCCUGGGGAGCAGUGGGGUGACUGCAGAGGGAGCGCUGUCCUCACCCCCCGCUGUAAGCUCGGCUGAUGGCACGACUCGACAGAUUCUGGAUCACCCGGACUUUCAUACCCUCUGUGACGCCAUUGUUAACGACUGCUCCAAGUUUGACAACUUUAGCAUCGUCAACUGCCUUUAUGCCGUGGCUGCACUUGGGCUGCCCAGUGACUCUCGGAUAGUGCAGGUGCUGGAGGAGGAAUCGCAGAGCCGCCUGUCGCAGUUUAAUCAGAAGGACAUCUCCAUGGUGUUCAGCAGCUGCAUGAAGCUGCACCAAUCCAGCCAGCACCCGCUCAUUGAGUCGUGUCUGGCAGGCUUGGAGAAGAACAUUGAGCGCGAACGUCACCCGCAGACACUCUUCCUGCUGCUCUCUUACUACCGCACCAAGUGGCGCGCGCUGCAGGCAGCCGACACCACCUCGGCAGAACAACUCGUGGUCGACCGCAAGAUUCUGCGCUUGGUCAAACACACGCUGUCCAGUGUUAGCUGCGUACGUGACCACGAGAUGACCUUACUGGACGAGAUGCUUGCGGCGUGCGCCCGAGAGGCCAGCAACAAGAGCCUCGAGCUCAUUUUCAGCUCUCACCUCUUCUACCAGAACAGGCAGGAGAAGUUCGUCAGCAGCCUAGCGGAGGAGCUGCCUAAAAAGGUCGACAGCAUCACACCUUACACCAUGGCUCUUAUCGCCAAAUAUAUCGCACGCCAUCGCCUCAGAGAAACACAACUCCUAGACACCAUUGCAGAGUUCCUGGUCAAAAAGUGCGAGUACUUGGACAGCAAGGUGAUCCAGAAGCUCGUGUUCCCUUUCAGCCGCAUGAGUUAUCGGCCAGCUAACGAGACUCAGUUCUUCUCUAAGCUGGAAAUGGUGCUGGAGCUGAAGGCUCUGAGCUCACCACUGGCUACAGUCAAUAUCCUCAUGUCCCUCUUCCAGCUCGGACACUUUCCCAGCCUGGUGCUGCACCGGGUCUUCUCACCCUCCUUCAUCAGCAACGUCACCAACAGUCCGUAUGCUCUGAUUGUACGCCGCUAUUUGUCCCUGCUGGACGCUGCGGUGGAACUCGAGCACAGAGAGUACACAGGGCCUCGUCUGCAGGACUCACACAAAGUGCUCAUGUUUGAUCACGCGCUCACUGCUGACGAGGUCAACCGCAAGUACAGCUACAAAGGUCUUGUUGCUGAGGCGCUCAGGCAGUUGGUUGGAGAGCAUGGUUACAAGCAAGAUGAGGUUCUACCUCCAGGAUAUUACACAGAUUUUUUGCUGUGGAUAGACCAUGCGGGCCAUGUUCUUCCCAUCAGAGCAGGCUCUGCAGCAGUCUCAUUAACAGCAGACUCUUCGAUGUGCACGGUCGUGAACCCCAAAUCACCGGACGGUUCCACCUCUGUUGCUGCUCUCACCUCUGACUUCCAGAAGUUUUCACCGUUCUCUCCGCCGCUAGAGGAGGGCGUCGACAAACAGCCCGAAAACGAUUCCGCUUUCCUGCCACCCCACAUGCAGAGAGCGGGCACCAACGGAGCAGUGCAACUGGACUACAACACCUAUUACCCAGCUUCAGAUUACUACACCAGCCUGGCUAAGGAGCACUCUUUGGAGAGCCAGGACAGCUCAACACUGAGCAGUCCUUCAGAAUGUCUGGCUCAAGCUGGGCCAGCUGUACCCGGGGCCACUGUGCCACAGGACUCUCUCUUCCAGUUUUCUAUUGGAAAGAUACUGGAGGAUGAGUCUGGUGCAUCCAUCCAAGUACGGUCCAGUUCAGGACCAGACUGCAGUAUCACACCUUUCUAUGAAGGUAUAACCUAUGACGCAGGAGACAGCAAUACAGUUACUGCUCCAAUCCAGCUGCACUCAGCAAAAGCCUCUGAGAUGGAGAGGACAUCUGGGGAACCCAUUAAAAGGGUUAUAAUGUCUGUAAAUGAUAAAUGGCACUACUGCCACAACUCUGACGUGCUCGUGGGUUCCCGGGCUAUGAGAGACCGCCACCUGCAGCUGCUAGGCUAUGUUAUACUACAGUUGCCAUAUCUGGAGUUGGAGAAGCUGAAUGGAAUUGAGGAAGUGAAGCAGUACCUGCACAAAAAGCUCCUGGAGGUCCGUUUAUGACGGUGGAAAAGCAGAGGAGUGUGUAUGUGACUGCGAGCGUGUGUGUGUGUGUAUGUGUAAAAGAGAGAGAGAGAGCAUGUCUGCAAGCAUGUGCAACGUUCUGUUUAAACAAGCAAUGGUGUUUUGUGGGAAAAGGUGUGUGUGUGUGUGUGUGUGUGUGUGUGCGCACAGGAUGUGAACAAUCCUGUCUUUUAGGACAACUUGUGGCGAUACUAAGCCAGUGGGUGGGUGUAUUUAGUUUCUGACUUAGGGAAGGGUUGAUGAUACCUCUCUGGGCAAAAUGUAAAAACGGUGUUUUCUGGAAACAACUGUGACACCCAUGAACUUCCUCCGACCUCCCAGAACACCCACAAACUGCACAACACAAUCACAGAGCCAGAGCUUGCUGAUUUUUUCGGUACAACGGCAGUGCUGCAUGUAAAACAAAUGACUUGGGAUAAAAUCCGAUUCACUGCCAAGUGUGAAUACAGUGAAUCAGCGUCACAUUUUGAGGCAUUAGUUUUACACUGGAGCUACAAAACUAACUAAAAAAUAAUGACUGCUUAGCGUCAUUAGCAUAAUUUCUAAUGAAAAUUGUUGUGUUAAACUAUAAACGAAUGCAAAAUAGGAUGAUUUUCACUAGUGUUCUCAUCAUCCUAUUUUGCAUUCGUUUAUAGUUUAACACAACAAUUUUCAUUAGAAAUUAUAUAACUAAGAACAACUUGAGUGAAAAGUCGUAUCUUUUGAACAGUACCUUAGUUUCUCAGUAUUUCAUUUGUUUCUCUCUGUCGCUCUAUCUCUCCCCCCCCCCCUUUUUUUUAACUCACACUUGUGCAAAAUCUUGUGAUCCAUUUUAGAUCAAAUCCACAAGUGUGAACACAGUAAACAUCUGAACACAUGAUUCAAUAUUAGAGAUCAGGCCUCCUGUACAAAGCAGUUAACAUGGUCAAUAUCACACAUUUGCUUACUUUUAAAUAAGUAAACUGCAGUAAAUUCAAAACAUUAAACAUUUAUUUACUUUGUUUUAAAUAUUUUAAUAUAUUUAAUAUGUUCAAACUAAAAAAGUCCCGGAUUUUCAGUGUGGUAUCUGACUUCUAGACUUCGCUAUAGCUGGAAUAGAAAUCAUUUUUGAAAGCAGAAUUCGAUUAAAAAAUGUUAAGUAAGUAAUCGGUGGUUUAAUGAUUAUAGCUGGUUGAAUUAGAUAUGAAUUAGAUUAUUUUACAGUACAAUCCGGGACCAGAUUCUUUGUACAUUGCUAACAUAACAUAAAAGAGAUAAAAUGUCAGAUUUAAUAAUGAUGGUUUUAAACACACCUCAGAGCACACCUCUAUUAAUGUAGCAGGACCACCGAAGCUGUCCGAGAUGACUUUGUGCUCCUAGUCAUCAGUUUCAAACAGAGCUACAAAUAAGACAGUUAUGAUGUAAAAAAGUUGGACGUAAGAACACAUGAGCAGAAAGUCAGUGUUGAGAAUGAGAAGGUAUAAAACAAAACAAACAAAAAAACAGUUAAGAGAUGUGUAAUACUUCAUUUCAGGAAAUUACAAUAGUCAUGCACAAAUGUAGUUGCUUUAUUUGUUGUCGGUUUGUUAUUUUCAGUUACUCGAAUGGCUUCUUUUUGCUCUCGUCUAAGUCUCAUCCGAGGCAGAACACCAGUGCACAAGAACAGGAUGACAACGGCAAUAUUUCACCGAGAUAAACCGGGAAAUACAUACGAGCUAAAAUAAAAUGUUUCAAAUUCAAUCCAUUGUAUCCACCUGCAACUUGGUAUUUUCUUUUUCCUGCCCAGGCUCAGGUGAUAUUCACAAAUGUUAUAUACAUUUGCAGGUGGAGAUAUAUAUAUAAACAUAUAACAUGUUUAACAUUAUAAUCCUGGUUCUGUAGAAUACGCCUGCUCCGGUGCAGGUUUGAGCCAGACAACCUUGCUGUCUUAAUGAAAUCCCUGCUCAUAAUCCAGUCCAGCUAAUUCACUAAUCCAUGUCCUCAAAUCUCAAGAUAGCAGUAAUACCUUCGAUUUGGUGUUCACUAUGUUAGCCUCCUAGCUCUGGCGUAAAACUAAAACAUGCAAACAUCCAGAUAAAUCAAUGUAACGGGUAAAAGUUGAACAAAUUUGAUAGAAAUUGGACUGUGAUUUGUUUAUAAAAGUGUGUUUGUAAUGCGUCAUAACUGCAGGUUAGAAUCAGUGAUGCUGAAAUGCAGGCAGAAGAAAGUGGCUUAAUAAUUUAAGAAAUACAUGAUCGAUAGAACAAGGAACACUAUUGUGAUAUACCAGCAUAUGUAUUUAGCACAGCUGUAGUUCUUGGUGGAUAAAUGGUGAAAUCUGGCUGUAUUGAAACCUUUAUGUCCCACAGACAGUGUAAUUCUGAGCUCAGCGAACCCCGGUACAUUAGGACUUAACCCCCUUACUCCUGAAGGAAGCUGCUUUAUGUCCAGGUUAUGCAUGUUAACGGAGGACACGGCCUCUUGCUUCUGUGAUUGAAGAUUGGUUUUAUAUCUUGUCCAGAUUGAGUGUCUUUGUCGGUACUUUUCUUUGGUAUUUGAUUUUUUUUUGUUAACAGGGUUUAGGCACGCUAUUACUCGUUUAUUAUAUUGUUCCACCGCUAAAAUCUCUGCUAGUGUUUUUAUCUCCAUUGUCGAUUAUCUGUCUCACAUUAGUGUUUUAAACCAUCUAAGAGACAGUUUGGGGAGCCGUUCAGGAUCCAGAGGACUUUUAUAGAAGAAGGACAUCCAGGUAUAGAGCGUAAAAUCAAGUAGAGAUGUUUAUGAAUUUCAGAUGCAGCCAUCAAAAGAGAGUCUGCUCAAUUCACCAUAUCUGACUGACCGUGCAUGUGACGUCAGGAAACCAAGGAGCACAGUGUGUUGUGAAUCUGUGAAUUAUGGACACAAGGAACAGGCUUCCAGUAAGAUCAUGAUGAAUGUAUAAACGAGAUGGAUUAUAUCAAUAGAUUUUAUUUUCUCAGAACAAAUGAUCUAUUUUGUCGUUUAAAGGAACGCAUUGCAACGCAAAGCAACGCAUGCAGUGGACUGCCGGAUUCAUAAGACGAUUAAAGGACAUGUCCCUUUGUGUUGGUUCACUCAUUAGUGAUCUUUCACCUCCAGUAUCACACACAAACUUUUAGGUUGAUCUGUAAACACAUAAUGAAGGGUAUGACGUAUGUUUCUGUCGGACAUUGUUACGCUUUAGUGUGUGUUUUGGUCAAAUAAAUUAAACUAAAAAAACAUUUAGAUGGCAGUAAUACAGAAGACUUGUUUCGUGUAAUCUAGUUCUCAUCGUGACACUGUCGCUGUGUGCGUUGGCUUUGCUCUGUUUUGUUUUUUUUUGUUUGUUUUUGGAAGAGAGAUUAUUUAUUAUGGCAAGUGUUCCUCUGAAUGUAAGAAGACUGUGAGUGGAUGUUUGUGUUGGGUAUUAGGUGGGGAAACUGGAAAUCUUUGUUUAUAAAUACAUAUUAAAAUGUCUAUAUAAAAUGAUUAUUAAAAAAAGUAAAAA